CAGAGACUGCAAAGAUAUGCUUCAAUAAAAAUAGAAAUGUGCGAUAUGAACUGGUACAACUCUAAAAUUUCAAAGAUGACCCCAGUUAAGAUGUUACAACAACGGUUGCGUGGAAAUACAUUCCCAAUAAACAGGCACUGACCGUUCUAAGCUGAUAAAGAAAAGAAAUUACAACAAUCCACCCAAUUAAAGGCUACAGUAGUUAUCUCAUGUUCAAAUCUCAGUAAUCGAUUAAGAAGAUACAAAUCCAGAAAAUACAUGAAUUGGAGGAGAUUUUUGCAGGGAUGGAUUUUUAUUUCAGAAAGAGUUCUCCUGCAAAAAUGGAAAAAUCCAAAGAACAAACUGACUCUAGGGAAACUUGGUCUGGGCGCUUAGAAUUUCUGUUAUCCUGUGCUGGUUACUGUAUUGGUCCUGGGAAUAUUUGGAGGUUUCCAUACCUUUGUUAUAAAAAUGGUGGAGGGACGUUCCUAAUACCAUAUUUCAUAUUUAUGGUGAUAGGAGCUUUGCCGAUGUACUUUAUUGAGUUUUCAGUGGCACAAUUUUCCGGUAGAAGCGCAAUUUCAUUAUGGGAAAUUAGUCCCUUAUUCAAAGGUACUGGCUACGGAAUGGUUAUCCUAACUGUUAUCAUAUCGGUCUACUUCAAUGUUACGAUGGCAUGGAUACUGUAUUAUCUUUAUAACUCAUUCACAUCCAUUCUUCCAUGGAGCACAUGUAACAACCAUUGGAAUACUGACCAAUGUUAUGCUUUAGGUGGAUAUAAUGUAUCGUUAGGAAAUGAAACGGCAAACAACUUCACUAAUCAAUCUGGGUUAUCAAAUGUAACGAUGUCCUAUCCGAAACUGGAUGAAAACUUAACUGGUCCGCAUUUGUUUUUAAAUCAAACUAUUUUAGAAGAAAAACUUACAGCUAGCGAAGAAUUUUGGAGAUACAACGUGCUACGAAUAUCGUCUGGUAUAGACAACAUGGGACAUCUUCACCUCGGCUUGUUGAUAUGUUUAUCUAUUGCCUGGUUACUUACUUUUAUCUGUGUUUGUAAUGGCAUAAAAGUUUCUGGGAAGGUUGUGUAUGUGACGGUUACAUUUCCAUAUAUAAUUCUGUUGGUUUUACUAAUAAGAGCAGUUAUGCUACCUGGAGCAUCUGAAGGAUUGAAAUUUUAUUUGAUUCCGAAAUGGGACAAAUUACUUUCAACUCAACUUUGGGGAGAAGCAGCAUUACAGAUAUUUUUCACAUCGGGAGUUGGUUGGGGUACAAUGAUAACAUAUGCCAGCUUUAACAAGUUUCAUCAUAACAUAUACCGAGAUUCCCUUAUUGUUCCCUUAAUGAAUUCAGGCACAAGUUUAUUUGCUGGUUUUGUUACUUUUUCUGUCCUUGGUUUCAUGGCACAUGAAAAAGGAGUCUCAGUGGAAAAAGUUGUAACACAAGGACCAGGAUUAACAUUUGUAACGUAUCCAGAAGCUAUUUCAAGAUUACCUCUGUCUCCAUUAUGGGCUGUUUUAUUCUAUCUAAUGUUACUUACAGUGGCAAUAGAUUCACAGUUUGGUUUUGUUGAAACCAUAAAUGCUUCGCUGAUUGACGAAUUCCCAAAGUUCCUGAGACAUCGGAAGAAAACACUUUCCGCUUUGCUGUGCUUAUUGAAAUUUAUUCUUGGUAUUCCACUUGUUAUGCAGGGAGGUAUAUAUGUUUUCCAAAUAAUGGACUGGUACUGCGCUUUGCUUUCACUAAUGGUUUUUUCUUUGAUAGAAUGCAUAGUCAUUGGAUGGAUUUAUGGUGUUGAUCGUUUUUACACGGAUAUUGAAAUGAUGAUAGGAUACAAACCCUGUAUAAUGUGGAGUAUAUGUUGGAAAUAUAUCACGCCUUGUUUGCUUGUGCUGAUGUUAGCAUUUAAUAUGCUUACUGUUACUCCGGUAUCAUAUAAGGCAUACAAAUAUCCAUCAUGGGCUGUUGGCAUUGGCUGGAUAAUAGGAUUGAUAUCCUUGAUACCUAUACCAGUCUGUUUUUCCAUAUCAUUAUGGCGAUCAGAGGGGACACUAAAACAGAGAUUAAAAGAAAAGAUGAAAUCAAGCCCUAAUUGGCGACCACAAUUGGAUGCGUUUAAAGGCACAGUGGAUUCAGUUACACUCCUUCAGGAAAAAGAACUUGAAGAUACGAUUUAAAAAGUUUAAAACAAUUGUUAUUUCCUAUAUCCAUCUUUCAAGUUUAUAAUUAAUCAACCAACAACUGUAUUGCUUACACUUUCAAGAUGUCCUCAAUCGUAUAGUAUUGCUGUUCUUCUAGAAUCUUUAUCAUUGUUUUCCAACUGUCCUUUGUACUAAAUUUCAAAACGUAGAUUGUUUUGUCACUUGUCAUAUGCACUGAAAAUUAUAACGUACGUUAUAUUACAUAUAUACUAAAGCUUAAAUCAAUUUAGUUAUCAAGUAAUAAUGAUACAAAAUAUAAUAUCAAAAUUAAAUUAGGCAUGAAUGUUAAUUUGAAAGAUUAUCUAUCGUCCAAAUUGCUUUUAACUGUUUCGCAAAUUUAUUUCAAUCACUCUGCAGUUGUCAUUUCAUAAAGUCCAGCAUUUAGUUUUGUCCGGUUUUAGGUACUUCUCCUCUUUUAAUUUACAAUGGAGUUUGGAAUUUUUUAUUAUACUUUUUUUCUUGAACAGAACCUGUUAUAAAUUGUAUGCAUCCGAAGCGCUUUUCUGGAUUAACCUUUAUUAGGAACGCUCAAACAUAACCAUUUGAAAGCCAGGCAUUUGACAAUACGUACCCACGUACGGAGAUUUAUGACCAAAAGGGACAUAAAAAUAAUAGCCAAUUGAAAUUCAUCUAAGGUCCACUUUCGGAGGGAAUUGGAAUCUUUGCCUCUAAACAAUUUCUUAAUUUAUAAAAAAAAAAGAAUAUUAGGGUAGUAUGUUAUAAAUCAUAUCAGAACCGAAGCAUUGAUUACUGAGCUAUAUAUUAUUAUUAUAUACCUAAACAUACAGUAUAUAAUAUACAUUAUUUCCAUGUGACCUUGCUUUUUAUCAGGUAGUAAUUUUAUUUCCAGUAGCAAAUAUAUAAUGACGUACUUAUCUUCAAAUUUAUACGUUAUUUCAAAGAUUGUGUGUCCUAUUCUUAGAAGAAGUAUGAUAAUAAAAGAAAAAUGUAUCUGAGGGCACUAAUGCCCCGCUCAAGCUUGAUUUUAAAAGUAGCAUAACUCUAGAACGGUAAAUGACUCACUGUCCAAAUUAAAUUCUUUCUGCGUGUUGUGGUACUUAGCGUUGUGCAUGAGUUUCCUAACAUUUGGAUUAUACAAACUAAAGUUAGAGUGGAGAAACUGAACAAUUAGCAAUUUUCCAAAUUAUAAAGGAGCAUAACUCUAGAACGGUAAAUGACAUACUGCCAUAAUUUAAACUCUCUCUGCGUGUUGUAAAUUUUAGCAUUAUGUAUGAGUUUUAUAAAAUUUAGUUGAGGCUAACUCAAGUAAAAGUGCGGAAACCAAACAAUUUGCAAUAUUACAAGUUAUAAAGGGGCAUAACUCUAGAACGAUAAGUGACUCAAUGCCCAAAUUCAAACACUGUCUGCGAAUUUUAGUUUUUACUAUUGUAUAUGAGCUUCAUGAAAUUUGGAUCGGAAAACUUAGAGUGCGGAAACGAAAAUGGGACAGACGGGAGGAUGGAAGAACGAACGGUCAAGGGUAACACUGCAUGCCCCCAUUGCCUACGGCGGGGCAUAAAAAGUCAUUAUUUUGCUCUUGAUAUUGCAAAAAUAGUAAACUUAUUUAUGCAUUACUAUGCUAAGAACUAUAAAGAACUAUGCUAAUUUUAUGAAUAAUGGAACUAAGUUGUUAAUUUCUGUUCCAGUUUGUCUCUGGUUGAGAGUUGACCCAUUUGCAAUCAUACCACAUCUUACUUUUAUAAAAAGGAAUAAAAAAGUACCGAAAUUAUGAAAUGAAAUGUUGUGUAGUU